AUGUACAUCACCCUCUUCUACCUCGUCACCCUUGACUCUCUUCUCUCAGUCAGGGACCACUUUCUCUUCCUUUACCCCACCGAGCUCACUGUCGACCUGCUCGAGGAGCGCCUCACUGCAGCUAAGACUAGCAUUGUUACUGUAGGAGCUUCUCUCGACGACCCUCGCGCCCCUUUCUUUGAGGGGUGUUCCCCCGUUCCCCUUUUGCCCUCUGUUGGUUCUGCUGCUGCUGUCGACCUCAUUAACACAGAGGAGGUUGGAGCUGCGUCUGCUCCUAGUGGGAGGCGCCGCAGCGGCAAGGGCAAGGGGGGCAAGGGUGGUAGAGGGGACGACGGGGGCAGCGGCGGUGGCGGUGGACAAGGCGGAGGGGUUGGGAGUGGAGGUAUAGAGGCUGCUGCUCUAGGUGCUAGUGUGUCUGCUGCUCCAGGUCCUAGUGAGUCUGCUCUCUCAAGUACUGUGCCUACUGAGGCCUUGCACACCUUCACGCCUGACUCAGGUGCUUCCUACUCCUUCUUUCGUGACCGCACCACACUCAUGCUGCUCAGUCGGCCGGUUGCUGUCUCCCUGGCGGACCCCUCUGGGGGCCCAGUCCUUUCGCACUCCUCUACGGUUCUGCCGUGUCCGGCGUUCCCGUUUGGCUCACUGUCGGGUCUUCAUAUCCCCUCGUUCUCUACGAACUUGGUGAGUGGAGCUGACCUCUAG